GUUGUGUCAAAGUGCGCAAAACGGGAAGAGGCAAACAGGCCGAGACGGAUUUUCGCUCCCCCAAACAGUUUCCCAAACGCAGCCAGCGCUGGUGGGCCAGUAGGAGAUUCGCUGACCCCUGCCGUGGUGUGCUUCCCGGGUGUGUACACAUACUUUCCCGUGCGUUGGUUUUUUGCACACACAUACGCGUCCUUGGCAGAAAAGAAAAAGGGCAAGAAACCUCAGUGGUGGUGGUGGUGGUGGUGUGCAUCAGUGUGUGUGUGUGUGGAUUAGAAGAGCUCGGCCCGUGUGAUAUGGUUUUGCGGAUGCUGGAAUGCACAGCAGCACGCACAUAAAUCUCCCAGGAGAAACAUAGGCGAAUAAUCAGCAACCAUCAGACACACACACACACACCCAUACGCGGGAGCAUCCCUCGUCCAGCAAUCAGAUGAGCUAAGCUCAGCAGCAGUUGCAGAAAGAAAGCAAGCAACAACAACAACAAAAAGUAAGGAAAAGGGUGGACGAACUGUGCCGUUGGAAUUUUGGGACCAGCGGCAGCCAGCAAUCACCAAUCAACCACAUCGGGGCUCGGGAGUGUCGGGAAGGUCCAUCGAACUUUUUGCCCCAGCUCCAGCACUCUCCCAUCCUAUCCCCCUCCCCCAUACAACCAGCAAGAAAAAAAGGGAGCAAACAUGGUAGACAGCAUGUCGCAGGAUGCUGAGUCGUUCGAGAUGCUGAAAGCGCUGUACGACUUCACCGCCGUCUACCCGAAGACGAUCAGCUUCGACGAGGGCGAAUACUUCAUCCUGCAUCAGACGAGCGCCCGGCAGCGGAACUGGUGGCAGGUGGUCAGCAUGAAGGGCAACAUCGGGUUCGUCCCGUCCAACUACGUGAUGAAGCUGAAGGUCAAUCCACUCUUUUUAAACGGCUUUCUCGAAUCCAGCAUAGAAUCGUUGCGGCUGUCGACGGAGAAGGAAAUAAACGGCAUCAUCGGACGGGAGGAACUGAUCAGCCGGCUGGUGGAGAAGAAGCGCAUGCUGGAAAAAAUGCUCAAGUACGAGCUGACGGAUAGUGAAUCGGAACCGCCCUCGCCGAUCAAGAUGAGCAACGGGCACCUGAAGCAGCAGCAGCAGCACGACGGCUCGAGCGAACGCACGGCACCGCUGAAGAACGGUCCCCAGCGACACUCGCCGCCUGCACCGUCUGAGCAACAGCAGCAGCAGCAGCAGCCGGUGAUGAUGCAGACGGCGAAGAAAUCGAAAUCGAGCCCGGCCGUCGGUGGCCAGGUGCCGCCCCAGUUCAUCCAGGAAAGUCCCAGCACGGGCGUGCUGGCGACGAAGCACAGCGGCGGCCCGGCACAGCCCGAGGAGCAGCAGCAGCAGACGCCGGUGGUCGUCGCCGUAGCCGCUGCCGCAGCCAGCCAGGAACCGAGCAGCACCCUGUCCGAGCUGUCGUCCGUGUCGUCCGAGCAGACGGAGCCGACGAGCAACAACACCGCCACGACCGGCACGCUCACGACGACGAGCGACGAGAUAACGGCCAUCUCGCGCAUCGACGAUCGGGGCGGGGCGGGCGAGGAACCGUCGCUCGGUGCCGCUGCCCCGACCGAGGCCGAAAACCAGACCGAUCACGAGCUGAACGAGCUGGAGACGACCAACAACGACGACGUGACGGUGAGCGAGACCGAGCCGCAACCGGUUUCGGUGCGGGAGCCGCCGCACGAUGAACCGCCGCAGGAGGAGGACGAACCGGUCGGGCCGGCCGAGGGAGCGGCUGGCGGGGGUAGCGGCGGCGGCGGCGGCGACGGCGGUGGCAGUGUGACGGCCGGCGGGGACGAUGGUACGCUCGCGAGCGACACGGAGCGCGAGGCCGGCUCGGGCGCCGAGUGUGGCGAGAGCAGCGUGGCGACCGGCGACGAACCGGCGGAGCCGGCGGAAGAUCUGGCCAGGCAGCCGCCGGCCAGGGUGGAAGCGGCCGAGGUGUACCAGAUAGUGGACGCGAUACGCAAGGCCACCCGGCUCAGCCACGAGCUGUCCUGCGUCGCGCUGCGCGUGGUGCUGGCCGAGCUGGAGGUGCUGCUGCCGCCGGCCGUCGUCCGCCAUCUCGAGCCGGUCGCCGUCCAUCUGGCCGCCCCGUUCGACGUGCCGGACGGGCUGCUGAGCAAGACGCACGAUGCGCACCGGCUGCGGCUGAUCUUUGCCGAGCUGUCCGACUGCAAGAACGACUCGGAGCAGCGCACGUGGAUGCUGCACGAGGACGAGGCCGACAUCCGGCAGUACCUGGCCGAGCUGAUCCGCAUCCUCACCGACGCCGAUCCGAAGAUCUGCCGCAGCGAGAUGGCGUGCGACCAGUACCAGAGCAUCAUCAACCUGGUGCUGUACUACCAGAUGGAGACGCGCUGGUCGAUCCGGAAGCUGCUGCUGGCCGCGUUCCGCGCGAUGUGCCAUCUCGACUACACGACCGUCGACAUACUGCUCGGCUCGGUCCUGCCGCUCGAGCUCGUGCAGGACAUGGUGUCGAACCCGCGCAACAUCGAGAAGCUGCAGGAGCUGGCGAACAUGCUCAUCAUCAUCUUCUCGAUCGGGCGCCGGAUGCCGAUCAAUCAGCAAGAUCACCUGCGGGCAGACUUCAUCAUCUUUCUGCUGAACAUUAUCGAAACGCCGCCGGAGAGCGACGUCCAGGAGGUGCUGCCCGACAUCAUGAUCAACCUGAUCCUGUCGUUCAACCUGCAGUUCGACAACUUUGCCGAGAACGUGGUGCUGGAAGCGAUGGAGCAGUUCAAGACGGCCAAAACCUUUACCGAGAAGAUACUGCUGCUGAUCAACCGGGAGGAAGAUCCAGUGCACACGCUGAAGCACACGCCGAUGAACAUCAACCCGGUGCUGAAGAUGCUGGUCGAUCUGUUCAGCCGCCCGGAGACGGCGUCCAUCUUCUACACCAACGACAACAAGGUGCUGAUUGACAUACUCGUGCGCCAGCUGUCCGAUCUGUCCGCCGGCGAGCCGAUUCGCAAAUGGUACCUGGAGCUGUGCCGGAAGAUCCUGCGCAACACCAACUAUCCCGAGCACCAGCACCGCAAGCAGGACCUGAUGAAGAUCUUCACCCGCAUCUUCUGCGAGGAGACGGAGUGCAGCGCCAGCGACCAGCAGAUUGUGCGCGAAAUAGCGAACGAGUUCCCGCAAAUCUUCAAGGCGUGAAGCGGUCGGCUGCGAUGCUGCGGGGCAAUCGAGUUUGUUGGCGGACGCGGGCGAACGGUUUGUGCUGUUCCCCUGCGCCGGCUCGAAUGGUAUAUUACUGUUAAGCGUUAAGCACACAUUAUAACACGAUGCGUACAAACGGAACCCUUGAUCUGAGAUAGCAAGAUUUUCGCCACACAUGAUGGGAGAAGGAUGGCAAAAUAUUGAACGUUAGUGGUUUUUUUUUUGUUGUGAUGUAAUAUCUAUGAAUUUACGGCCGAUCGUCCCUUCCUGUUAUGCUAGUCAAUCCUGGCUUCGUUCACCUUCCCGCCACCCCAUUGCCCCUCUUCUCCCAUCACACAUUCCCCAUCCAGCUCCACCAGGACACGUUUACUAAUUAGGGCCUGCUAUGCCUGACGCCGUCUUUCUGCUUGCCUGCUCCAAAGGCACAGAGCGAGAGAGUGGUCAUCAAACCAAGAGGAACAGGCAGGCAGCAAACAAUAGUCUGUU